AUGGGACCAGUAGGACAAAUGGGACCAGUGGGACCUAUGGGACCAGUAGGACAAAUGGGACCAGUGGGACCUAUGGGACCAGUAGGACAAAUGGGACCAGUGGGACCUAUGGGACCAGUGGGACCUAUGGGACCAGUAGGACAAAUGGGACCAGUGGGACCUAUGGGACCAGUAGGACAAGUGGGACCAGUGGGACCUAUGGGACCAGUAGGACAAAUGGGACCAGUGGGACCUGUGGGACCAGUAGGACAAAUGGGACCAGUGGGACCUAUGGGACCAGUAGGACAAAUGGGACCAGUGGGACCUAUGGGACCAGUGGGACCUAUGGGACCAGUAGGACAAAUGGGACCGCCUACACUUUCAGUCUUUGUAUUAAAAUGA